AUGAGUGACGCAUCAACACCAAAGCCCAGCAGCAGCGUCAAGCUGGUCCUGCUGGGAGAGGCUGCAGUCGGAAAGUCAUCACUGGUCCUGCGCUUUGUAAACAACGACUUCCAACCCAACAAGGAACCCACCAUCGGCGCCGCCUUCCUCACAAAGAAGAUCUCGCUACCCGCCCGCACCAUCAAGUUCGAGAUCUGGGAUACCGCAGGCCAGGAGCGUUUCGCCUCGCUCGCCCCCAUGUACUACCGCAAUGCUCAAGCCGCCCUUGUCGUCUACGAUUUGACCAAGCCUUCUUCGUUGGUCAAGGCCCGUCACUGGGUUGCCGAGCUGCAGCGCCAGGCCUCGCCAGGCAUCGUCAUUGCUCUUGUCGGAAACAAGUUCGAUCUGUGUGGUGAGGAAGGAGAAGACGCUGAGGAAGAUGCUGCAGCCGCUGCCGAGACUGCCACAGGCGAGGAUGAGGAUGGUGCAGAUGCCAGGAAAGUGAGCACGCGCGAGGCCAAGUCAUAUGCAGACGAGGAGAACCUGUUGUUCUUUGAGACUUCUGCAAAGAACGGCACCAACGUCACCGAGGUCUUCACUGCCAUUGCCAAUGGCAUUCCCGAGACAAGCCUCAAGGGUCCCAGAGGAGGUGCUGCUGCUGCAAGAGCUGGUGCCGGUGAUGCCGCUGCUCAAGGUCAGGAGUCAAGGGUCAACCUGAACAGCAUCAGGGAAGCUGGCGCAAAGGAGGGCUGCGCGUGUUAG